CAGAAGAAAAGCUUGGCUAUGCGAAACGACAAGACCACUUUUGAUUUUGCUCCCAUCGUCACUUUACAACUCACGGUCAACUCCUCACUCAACUAACUCACUCGACCGAUUGGCAACAUGCACAUGCUCUUCCAGAGCGAAGCAGCCUAUCGGCGUCGUAGCUCUUGGAUGCCGCGCGACGGCAACGAAGCUACCACGGCGCUAGCGGCACCACAUAACUAUGACAUGAUAGGCCCACGACGUCGAGGGAGAUCGCGCAGCUGUAAGACAAUUAAGAGAGAAGCUAAGACGGCGCAGCGCCGAGCGCAGUGGCUCCUGAAGAGCGAGCCUGAGAGCAACGAAGAGGAAGCAGGCAACCAGGAUGAGGCCGAGAAUGAGGGGACGACGGCGUUGAAUGACGAAUUGUUGGCCAUGCAAAUGGAGAUCGAAACGCUGCAGAACCGGCGACAGCUACUGGACUCGGCGAUGGUCAAUGCACGCACCAACGCGGUGACGCAUGCCAUCGACCUCACCAAGGGCUUCUACAUACACUUCUCUAAUGGAUACGACCCCAUUAACUACCCAGAACAAUCCAGACAGGCGGAGUCAUUUCUUCGAGGGAUCAUGAGGAAGGACGCGAUCUGCACUGAAUUCCAGGGCGUCGACUUGUUCUUGCAUCAGUACAAAGUUGCCACGGAGGGUCAUGCCUCCAUGCGCGUGUUUGUCCACGGCAUCGUCGUCAUUAACGAGGACUUGUCGUCAAAAGAUAGUUCCGUUCAGAUACUGGCCAAAGCUACUGCUCGCCUCCGUGUAAGUCGCACGACGCUGGAGAAGUUCUUCCCGCGUAUCAUCGAAGAUGAAGAGCUCGCGCAAAUGCUUAUUGGGAAAGAGUAUGUUAUCCAGUAUGACAAGGUGUUUCACUUCAAGCACGGCCGGAUCUUCCAGCAUGAAUCUCGAGUCGAUUUUUGCAAUAGUAUGCUGGAGAUGGCACAAAACCCUUUCGUCGCAAUGAAGCUCCUGGAGGCCUCACUCAUGACCAAGCACGGGCAUCUGAAACUGGAUAACAACAUCGAGGAGGACAAGAAUCAACUCGAAAAUACGGUACUGUAAGUGCACAACAGAAGUAAGUUAUGAUCGUCAGAAUUAAUCGUGAAAUUAACAUGCUUUCCGCCUUAGA